AUGACGAGGAGGCUGAACCUGAUGAUGUACGAAAGAUGUUGUAUCGGGAUUCGGUGUCCUGUCUUCAGCUUAACCCUUCCAAAGGCAGAAACUACAGUCGUCGCUGAAGCACAGCAGGCUGAUGCGCUGGAGGAUAACUGGUCGUCUCGCCAAGAAGCGAACGACGAAGAAGCGAAACGACAUGACGACGAAUCCGUUACAAAGGAGCUGAAAAAGGACGCGAAGGAACAGGCGCGACAAAUAUCUGGGGAAGCAGACUUCACCAACAGCACUUCAGCUGAGAGUGAAUUAGAGGAAGAUGUCAUGAACCGAGAAGACAAAGACAGAAAGGAAGAGCUAGCUGAAGAACACAAAAGGGCGGUCGUGAGCAACUGGGAGUUGAUUGCGACAAGCCCGAAGUGCCGUCGAAGUGCCCCGCAAGUUUACUUUUACAGCGUGGAAGCUCUACAAAUUCACCCCUCAACCGCGCUAUUUCAGAAUGUUCGCAAGAAGUUGAAAAAACUCGCAGCAGAAGAACAGAGUCUUGAGGUAAAUGACGUCAAAAGAAGGGAGGAAAUAAUCAGGUGCAACUCUGCUGCACGUGAACAGGACGAAGAGGCAGCGCUCUUGCACGAAUCAGAACAGCAGCAGCAACAGACUCCCUCUGAGGAAUCCGAAGUAGGCCACGCCACAGACCGGCUUCGGCCCAACAGCUGCAUGUCUAAAUGUCUGUAA